UUUGGGCAUCACCGCUGUUGCAACCGCAGUGAAUGCAUUCACCGCGGCAGACCAAAGCGGUGAAUGCAUCACCGCGGUUGACGGCCGCGGUGAAUGAAUGACGUAACACUGAAACUUCAAACAAACGUAACUUUGCGGUCGGUUAUCCGAUUGUAGCGAUUUUUUUUAUUCCACAUAACUUUUCAAGAUCUUUCAAUAUGAAAAAAGACUUCAUCCCAACAAAAAUCAUUUGCUACCCCGAACGAGCAAUUUUUUGAUUUUGACAAACUUUGGAAGAUCAUAACUUUGUGCUCCACAAUCCGAAUGUCAUGAAACUUUUUUUGAUUUUGCAUAACUUUUGAAGUACUACAACUUUGAUUAUAACCAUAAUUUUGGUAAGUAUGUGGAUUUGUGAAAAGUAAAGGCAAAGUUAUUCCCAAAAUCCCGUAUACCCAAAAAUACUUCUUUUUUAAAAAAUUAUUUCCUAGUCAAAGUUGUAGUUCUUAAAAAUUUAUGCGCAAUCAAAAAAAACUUUACGAUGUUCGGAUUGAGGAGCUAUAAGUUAUGUCCUUCCAAAGUUUGGCAAAAUUGAAAAAUUGCUCGUUCGGGGUAACAAACGACAUUUUUUCUAGAUGAAGUCUUGUUGCAGAUUGAAAUAUCUUGAAAAGUUAUAUGGAAUAAAAAAAAAUUCGCUACAAUCGGAUAACCGAGCGCAAAGUUACGUUUGUUUGAAGUUUCAGUGUUAAGCCGGGCACUCACCGCGACCGUCAACCGCGGUGAUGCAUUCACCGCUUUGGUCUGUCGCGGUGAAUGCAUUCACUGCGGUUGACAACAGCGGUCAAACAUGUGUAUUUUGGGGAAAAAAAUUAUAACGUGUAUUUUGAGAAUUUUUUUUAAAACAUAUGUACUUUUGGAAUUCGUCCGUAGAAUUGUAAGCUUAACUAUGAUUUCUCAUUGAUAUCACUCAUAAAUAAAUAAAUAAAUAAAUAAAACUUUUUCCAUUAUUUGAAGUGAAUAUGUAUUCUGACAAAAAAAAAUCCCACUUCAAAUUCCGACCUAGGUUUCAAAGCAACUAAGCAAGAGACCCUAACAAAGGAAACGACAAUAUCAGAUUUCCCGUUGUUUUCAGUGCGGACGGUACAGAGUCCUCUGUACAACGGAACGUGCUAUUCAAAGCACAACAAGAUAAAAGAAAACCCUCUGUUACAGAAAAAAAGCUACCGACGAGCCUUCCCCUGCGUCUCAUAGUUUUCCGGCAAAGUGACAUAACAGUUUUCAGUAAUCAGAAAAAUGCCACCGCUAGCUACCGAUCCAAUUAGGUCACUGUCUUAAGUAAUUAAAGGUUCAUGCACAGACAACCCAAAACUUGAAUCAGGCCGAUGUACCGUGAAGACAACCAACUAAUUCGCGUCUUAUAACACUUCAAAAACUGCAUAUCACCAUCGUUUGUCAGUAUCUCUGCUUUGCAGUUGGAGAGCGGAUCCCGCCGCUUCAUGCCGGCUGCCGUUUUACAAGAAAGCAUAUACACGACGGCGGAUUCUCCUUUACCAUAUCCUUAUUCCUCUCUUCCUCUUCUGAUAGUGAAAGAUUGGAGCUUGCCCCUUAUAAGUAACCUGAUGAUGAUACCAUUCCGAGAGCAGAGCAAUUUCAGAAAGAAAGAAAAAAAAAAUGGGGAGUUUACAACAGAAUGUGCUCUCUGAAUCUCAAGUUCACGACCAAGAUCACAGCCUUAAUCUCACGAAACUCGGAGAGGAAGAAGUGAACGACAACCCGAUUGAGGAAGUGAGGCUGACAGUACCGAUCACCGACGAUCCAACACUGCCCGUUCUGACAUUCCGAACAUGGGUUCUCGGGCUGUCUUCCUGCGUCUUCCUCUCCGUCAUGAACCAGUUCUUCGGGUACCGUUACAACGGUCUCUACGUCGGCUCUACUUCGGCACAGAUCAUGAUGCUCCCGCUUGGCAAAUUGAUGGCUGCUUCACUCCCCACUAGGCGCUUCAGAGUGCCCCUGACGAGUUGGUCCUUCACAUUGAACCCCGGACCGUUCAAUGUGAAGGAACAUGUCCUGAUAACCAUAUUGGCCAAUUGUGGGGCUGAUGGGGUUUUGGCGCUCGCCAUCAUCACUGCAGUCAGAGCUUUCUACCAUCGGAGCAUCCACGUUGUCGCGGCGCUGCUCCUCGUACUCACCACUCAGUUGCUUGGGUAUGGAUGGGCCGGAAUGUUCCGCAAAAUUCUGGUGGAUUCGCCUCAUAUGUGGUGGCCUGGAAGCUUGCCGCAAGUCUCACUUUUCAGGGCGUUGCAUGAAACAGAGAAGAGGCCGAAAGGAGGACAAACCCGGCUGCAGUUUUUCCUCCUGGUGUGCAUAUCAAGCUUUGCUUACUACAUAGUCCCGGGCUACUUGUUCCCAUCCAUAUCGGCGCUGUCGUUCGUGUGUUGGAUUUGGAAGGACUCCAUCACUGCACAACAGCUUGGUUCGGGGCUGAACGGGCUUGGACUCGGUGCAUUCGGUCUGGACUGGUCCACGAUUGCGGGGUUCGUGGGGAGCCCUCUAGCCACACCAUUGUUUGCAAUUCUCAACACCAUGGGCGGGUUCAUCCUGUUUGUCUAUUUCAUCUUGCCGAUCGCUUACUGGAAGAAUGCGUACAACGCGAGGAGAUUCCCAAUGCUUUCUCAGGGGACUUUUGAUAGCUCCGGUCAGCAGUACAACAUUACCAGGAUUCUGAAUGAGAGAGAGUUCAGCAUCAACCUUGGCGAAUACGAAAACUACAGCAAGUUGUACCUGAGCUUCACUUUCGCAUUCAACUAUGGGAUCAGUUUUGCAGCUUUUAUGGCUACCAUAGUGCACGUUGCGCUUUUCGAUGGGAAGUCGAUUUGGGAAUUGUGGAAGAGGGCAUCAAGUGGAAUGAAAGACCAAUUCAGCGAUGUCCACACACGUAUGAUGAAGAAGAACUACGAAGAAGUUCCGCAAUGGUGGUUUCUGGCGAUAAUGGUCGUAUCACUAGCACUUGCCUUCGUUGCCAUUGAAGGGUUCAACAAACAACUGCAACUUCCAUGGUGGGGACUCAUUCUAUCAUGUGCAAUUGCAUUUGCUGUCACCUUACCAACUGGGAUACUCGUCGCCUCUGCAAACCAGGGAAUCGGGAUAAACAUAAUCACGGAGCUGAUCAUAGGGUACUUGUACCCUGGCAGGCCGGUCGCAAAUGUGGCUUUCAAGACCUAUGGCACAAUUAGCAUGUGGCAAGCGCUUACCUUCUUAUCGGACUUCAAACUCGGCCACUACAUGAAAGUCCCGCCGAAAUCAAUGUUCCUGGUCCAGCUAGUAGGCACCAUAGUUGGUUCCACCGUCCAAUUCGGAACAACAUGGUGGAUCCUUUCUAGCAUCAAGGGCAUUUGUGACCCAACUAAGCUCCCCAAGGGAAGUCCAUGGACAUGCCCCGGGUACGAUGUCUUCUACAGCGCUUCGAUCAUCUGGGGGGUCGUGGGGCCGCUCAGGAUCUUCAACAUUCGCGGCGUAUACCCUCAGAUGAACUGGUUCUUCCUGAUCGGGACCUUUGCACCGGUACCGGUGUGGCUGUUGUCGAGGAAGUACCCGGAGAAGAAGUGGAUCAGGAUGGUUUACAUGCCCGUCAUAUUGUCCGGAAUGGGCGGCCUGCUUCCUGCGAAGCCGAUUCACUUCUGGUCUUGGGGAGUCGUGGGAGUGUUCUUCAACUACUACAUAUACAAGAAGCAUAAAGGAUGGUGGGCUAGGCACACGUACAUUCUGUCAGCUGCUCUGGAUGUUGGGAUUGCUUUCAUGGGUUUGCUGCUCUACGUUGCUCUUCAGAGGAAGGAGAUAUACGGCCCGCAAUGGUGGGGACUCCAGGCUGAUGACCAUUGUCCACUGGCAAAAUGUCCUACUGUCCCUGGUGUUUUUGUCAAAGGGUGCCCUGCCAUUCAGUGACAUGGAGGAGGAGUUGUGGCCUUGUGGUCUGAGUAAUGCCGUUGCAUAUGUUCUGUAUUCUUGGCUUCUAUGAUAGCUUUCGAUUUCGAUUUUGUAGUCAUGGUUCUAUGCAGUUAGUUCAAGUAUGAUCUCUGGUAAUCUGGUUUGGCCGUCAAUCAAAUGUACAAUUUAUUCACUUAAGACAAUAGUCAUUGCUCCUUGGUACUAAGUUAUGUGAAGGAAUAUGGAUAUUAGUAAAAGCCGAAUAAGAAUCACAUUUGUGAGUUACAGAGGAAUCAUACAGGAUUAAAGUAAAAUGAGGUCAAGAGAUAUUGAGUAAGGAUCUUUCUCAAUUCAACCCUCGCACCAAAGCGUGGUAUCAAAUGUAAAAGGAUGAGAUAAUGGUUGCGUAUCAAGUUGAUCCAAGUUCAACUCCGAGAGGAUCCAACUAUAACUCAUCUGAUAAAUUAUAUACACUCGUCACGUAAUCUUUGAAGUUUGAUGUAUUAUUUAGUUUGAGUGUUAUUAGCCAAAUAUUUCAAGCUUUCUUUUUUAUUAGCGAAAUCUAUUGAAUUGGUAAUAAUUAGCAAUUUUGUUAGUAAUUGACUUGGCAACAUGAUACUAACUUGGAAGAGACACAUAGAGGUUAACAUUCCAAAAUUUUAGUAUUUUAACUAUUAAAAAAACUUGCAAAAUCAUUAACAGCAACAUAAAAAUGGCUAAUAUUUUGAUGCAUUGCAAAAGAUUUAGCUAUUUAUUAGUAAUUCAAUAGGUUUGGCUAAUAAAAAGAAAGCGGAAAAGGUUUGGCUCGUGAUUAGUGUUUACCCUUGUUUUUAAGUCCUUUCUAUUUUUUACUGUGUACUUUGAAUUUACCUUGAUGUGUGAUCUACUUUAAUUGUUUUCCGAUUAAUAAUAAUACCAAGAAUAUUCUCGAUUAACAAGUGUCUAGAUAUUGUUUUCGUCAAUGAAAUAUAUCAAAAAUGAUUUUUUAAAUCAGAUGAAUGAUUAGUGAUUGAACGACACCUUGAUGACAUAUAUUGAACAAGGUUUGUGUGCUAGUUUGGACAAAAAAGAAUGACUUCUAGAAUGAUUUAAAAUAUGAAAUAUCUUCCCAGUUCGGUGUAAACUGUGCACAUCAAACUACUAUUCUAUAAUUGUAUAAACUUUGAGUAUUGUGUUGUUGAUUUUUUAUUUAAUUUGAAGUUAAACUUUUUUUAUUAAUAUAGUUAAUUUUUUAUGUUAUGAAAAAGACACUCUUCUGAUCAAUUUUCUGGCUCCACCACAGCUGCAGACCCUGUUAAGUUUUGCUCUUCUUUUCUCUUAUGUCUGUCCUUAAUAAUUCCACUGCUGUGUCGCUCAUGUUUGUUUGGUUACUUAUGUUGUAACUUUCACUCCCGUCGAUUCCAACCCACCGUCGACGAAGACAAAAACAGAGCAACAAACAGAGCUUCCAAGGUCAAGGGUCGUCAUUUUCAAAGGUUAACGUAUUAACAGGAGACGACCAUGACUGGGAAAUCGUUUUCAUUUGCGUUCUUUUGCACAUUUCAGAACUUAAACUUAUCACUGAUGUCGUGCGAGUAGAAUAAUCAUGCCAAUCUCCA